AAUUUUCCAACUGCCAUAAGAUCCUUGUAGGCAGUUUGACAUUGUCAAGUGCAGACAAAAUAGUAUUUUGCGACUAUUAUUUUGAUAAUUGAUAAGCAUAAAAUGCCUAAAAAGUAUUCAAAAUGUUUUGUAACAGUGGGUACUACACGUUUUGAUUUACUAGCCGAAUACAUAACAUCAACAUCUGUGCUUCAAGCUUUAAGAGAAAUUGGUUGCGAAGAAUUAACUUUUCAAAUAGGAAACAGUGCUAUCAAUCCAGAGGAAUUCGAGAAAGAAGGCAUCAAGCUUAGUUUGUACAGAUUUAAAGACUCGAUACAAGAAGAUAUUAAUAACGCGGACGUGGUAAUAAGUCAUGCGGGAGCUGGGAGUUGUUUAGAAGCAUUAGAAGCACAUAAACCUCUAUUAGUCGUCAUAAAUGAAGAAUUAAUGGAUAACCAUCAGUUAGAAUUGGCUGAACAGUUGCAAGUUGAUGGACAUUUAUAUUACUGUACUUGUGACACUUUAGAAAGUACUUUAAAAACAGUUGACUUCAAUUUACUAACUCCAUUACCUAAGUCUAACUGCUCAUUGUUUGUUAAAUAUUUGGACGAUGUGUUUAAAGUUAAAAGUACUUAGUAAUAAUGAUUAUUAGGUUCUUCCACUAGUUAUUAAGAAAUAUGAGCUGUUAGAAAAAUUUUUGAUGUAUAUUUGUAUAUAUUUUUGUUAUCUAAAUGAUAAGCUAAUAUAUAUUAAUUCAGUUUGGAGCUAUGAUAUCUGUAAAAUUACCGCAUGUGUAUUAUAUUUAAAAAAAAUUGCAAAAUAAAGUACCAACAUUGUGGUAAAAUUGGUUAAAUAAAACUGCAUUAAAAUUUACUAUCUUAAUCUGUUUCCUAUUAAGGGUCCUUAGGUAAAAUAUGCCAAAGGAUAAAACAAAUCUGGUUUUAUUUACUUUUUACAUUUCAUCAUCAUCAUCAUCUCCUUAUCCUACUCCCGUAGGGUCGGUGCAACAGG